CCUCCCUCCCUCUCUCUCUCCUCUCUCUCUCUCUCUCACACACACACACACAAUGGCGACGGUUCCUCUUGGGACUCAUUUCCACCAUUGUUGUCGCUUAGAAAGCCCUAAAAUUCGUAUAAAUUCCAGAAAUUCUAAACGAUCUCAUUUGUAUUACAGUAGGAAAGGGAGUUUUGUGGUAAAAAAUGGCGCCAAAAGCGGCAAGUUCGGACCUUCUUUUGAUUGUAGGGUUCUGUCAACCACCGUCAGAGCUUCUUCUAAUAACUCCACCUCGGACACAGCUGUCCUUGAUGCACCGUUGUCCGAUGACGUCAUCUCCAGAGAAACUUUUCCAUUGCAACGCAUCGAAAAGGUGGAAGGAAAGAUACUAAUCAAAUUAGACAGUGGUAAGGAUGAGGAAAAUUGGCAACUAACUAUAGGAUGUAACCUUCCAGGGAAAUGGGUUCUUCAUUGGGGAGUUAAUUACGAAAAUGACAUUGACAGUGAAUGGGAUCAACCUCCUGCUGAAAUGAUACCUCCUGACUCUAUUACCAUAAAGGACUAUGCAAUUGAGACCCCUUUGACAAAAUCAUCAACUGUCACAGAAACAGAUUCAAUCCAUGAAGUGAAGAUUGAUUUCAACACUAAAAGUUCAAUUGCAGCUAUAAAUUUUGUACUAAAGGAUGCAGAAACUGGAUCCUGGUAUCAGUACAGAGGAAGAGAUUUUAAGGUGCCACUUGUCGAUUUCUCAUAUGCUAAUGAAAAUGCUGUGGGAACCAAACAAGGGUUUGCCAUUUGGCCAGGGACUUCAGGGGAGUUAUCAGGUGUAAUGGUUCAAUCAGAAAACUCAGUUUCUGAAGAUGAAAAUAAAAGUGAUAAGUUGAAGGAAUUCUGUGAAGAGCAUUCCAUUGUAAAAGAAACUUUGGUUGAACAUUCCAUGAAUGUUUACAUAAAGAAAGGUUCAGAUGCAUCUAAUAAUGUGCUGCAUAUGGAGACUGAUAUACCUGGUGAUGUUAUUGUUCAUUGGGGAAUCUGUAAAGAUGAGAGUUUGAAGUGGGAAAUUCCUUCUGGACCUCAUCCAGAUAACACAUCAGUAUUUAAAAACAAAGCUUUGCGUACUCAGUUACAGCAUGGAUGCAGUGGAGUAUUUCCAUUAGAUCAAGAAGCUUCCGGAUUUCUUUUUGUUUUGAAACUUAAGGACACCAAGACAUGGAUUAAUAACAUGGGGAAUGACUUUUACAUACGUAUCCCAAAAGAAAGCGUCUCCCAGAAUCCAGAAAAUAACAAUGAUGAAGAAGAAGCUGUUUCUGGUGCAUAUACGGAUGAAAUCAUUGAUGAAAUUAGACAUCUGGUAACUGGGAUAUCAUCUGCAGCCAACAGGAAAACAAAAAGCAAAGAAAAACAGGAGAUUAUUCUUCAAGAGAUUGAAAAGUUAGCUGCUGAAGCGUAUAGUAUUUACAGAAGCUCUGUUCAAAGUUUACCACAAGAGAUUGAUGAGUUUGAAGCUGUGGAUGUGGAUGUGGAACCACCUGUUAAAGUUGAAGAAUUGGCUUCACUUGGGUUUACUGUUGUUUGGUUGCCUCCACCAACUGAAUCUAUCUCACCUGAAGGCUACAUGCCAAGGGAUCUAUAUAACUUAAACUCCAGGUAUGGAAAUGUUGAUGAGUUAAAAGCCCUUGUCAAAAAAUUCCAUCAAGUUGGUAUAAGAGUUCUAGGUGACGCAGUCAUAAAUCACCGCUGUGCACAUUAUCAAAACCAAAACGGCGUUUGGAACAUUUUUGGUGGUCUAUUAAAUUGGGACGAUCGUGCAGUUGUUGCUGAUGAUCCCCAUUUUCAAGGCCGGGGAAACAAGAGUAGUGGUGAUAAUUUCCAUGCUGCUCCAAACAUCGACCAUUCACAAGAGUUUGUAAGAAAAGACCUAAGCGAGUGGUUAUGCUGGCUUAGGAAAGAGAUUGGAUACGAUGGAUGGAGGUUGGAUUACGUGAGGGGAUUUUGGGGUGGUUAUGUAAAGGAAUACAUGGAAGCAAGCAAACCCUACUUUUCCGUAGGCGAGUAUUGGGAUUCUUUAAGCUACACAUACGGUGAAAUGGAUCACAAUCAAGAUGCCCAUAGACAGCGAAUUGUUGACUGGAUUAAUGACACUAAUGGAUCUGCUGGCGCCUUUGAUGUCACAACAAAAGGAAUUCUUCACUCUGCAAUUGAAAGAACCGAAUACUGGAGAUUAAGCGAUCAAAACGGAAAACCUCCAGGUGUUCUUGGGUGGUGGCCUUCUCGUGCUGUAACCUUUAUUGAAAAUCACGAUACUGGUUCUACACAAGGUCACUGGAGAUUUCCAGGUGGAAAGGAGAUGCAAGGAUACGCUUACAUCUUAACACACCCUGGCACACCAUCUGUUUUCUAUGAUCACAUGUUUUCCCGUUACAAAUCCGAAAUUUCUGCACUUAUCUCAAUCAGGAGCCGUAAUAAGAUACAAUGCCGGAGUACAGUUAAAAUCGUGAAGUCAGAGAGAGAUGUGUAUGCAGCUGUUAUUGAUGAUAAGGUGGCAAUGAAGAUUGGACCGGGUCAUUAUGAACCCGAUGGUGGGUCCCAUAAUUGGAAGAUGGCGGCUCAGGGAAAUGAUUAUAAGGUAUGGGAAGCGUCAUAAACGGCUUGAUCCAUAUAUAUGUGAAUAAUGAAUAUAUGUAAACAUUUUUGUUUUCAAUGAUGAACAUAUGGUUAUAUUUUUAGAAAGUCAAGUGUUGUAUGCUAAGAGGAUUUACCCAUGAACAUACAUUGUAUCAUGUGAAAUUACUU